GAAGAGGAGGAGGAGGAGGAGGACGCACGGUGAGCGAGGGAAUGACAUCCAGCAGCUUCAUCUGAGAACGUCUAACCUCCUCAUCCCUCAGCCUCAGUCCAGCGCUGCAGCAGCGCGUGACGCCCGACUGCAAGUCCACGCCCGGGGAAAUGCUCCACAGACAAAGAGACGAGGCCUGAACACAAUGAGCUGCCAGGACAAAUGGGUCACUCUGACCCCGGCUGAGUUUUCCUUGCUCCAGGAAUACACUCAGUACUCCACCAAGAAGCUGAAGGAUGUGCUGCAAGAGUUCCAUGGAGAUGGUGUUUUGGCCAAAUACAAUCCAGAAGAGAAGCAGGAAAUCCUCAGUCAGGAGAUCGACUUUGAGGGCUUCAAGGUUUUCAUGCAGACGUUCCUGGAGAGCGAACUCUCCAAAGAGUUCUGUCAACACCUCUUUAUGUCAUUCAGCAACAAGGGUCUGAAACCCAGUCCCUCAUGUUCCGACAAAUCCAAAGUCUCUGGACUGAAGCUGAUCAAAAGCAGCUCCACGCCUCUGAAGACGACCGCGCUGCCCACCGCGAUGCCCACGCCUCAGGACACGGUGCAGCUGAAGGACAUCGUCUGCUACCUGUCGCUGCUGGAGGGCGGACGUCCCGAGGACAAGCUGGAGUUUAUGUUUCGUCUCUAUGACACCGAUGGAAACGGCUCCUUGGACAGCUCGGAGCUGGAGCACAUCAUCUCGCAGAUGAUGCACGUGGCCGAGUACCUGGAGUGGGACGUGACCGAGCUGAAACCAAUUCUGCAGGAAAUGAUGCAGGAGAUCGAUUACGAUCACGACGGCACCGUGUCACUGGAGGAGUGGAUCCAGGGAGGCAUGACCACCAUCCCACUGCUGGUGCUGCUCGGCCUGGAGACGAAUGUGAAAGACGACGGUCAACACGUGUGGAGACUGAAGCACUUCAACAAACCGGCGUACUGUAACCUGUGUCUCAACAUGCUGAUCGGUCUGGGGAAGCAGGGACUCUGCUGCUCAUUCUGCAAGUACACCGUUCACGAGCGCUGCGUGGCUCGCGCUCCGCCGUCGUGCAUUAAGACCUACGUCAAGUCCAAGAAGAACACAGAGGUCAUGCAUCAUUUCUGGGUGGAGGGAAACUGCCCCACCAAGUGUGACAAGUGUCACAAAACCAUUAAGUGUUACCAGGGUCUGACUGGGCUCCACUGCGUCUGGUGUCAGAUCACGCUUCAUAACAAGUGUGCCUCCCACGUGAGACCAGAGUGUGACUGUGGCCCCCUGAAGGAUCACAUCCUGCCCCCCAACUCCAUCUGCCCCGUCGUUCUGGAAAGGCAGUCGACGCUGAGGAAAGACUCUCGCUCCAGUCAGUCGAGUCGAGGGAAGAUGCAGAGAGCCAACUCUGUGACAGUGGACGGUCAGGGACUGCAGAUCACGACAAGAGAGGGCACUCAUCCUCUGCUCGUCUUUGUCAACCCGAAGAGCGGCGGGAAGCAGGGAGAGAGGAUUUACAGAAAGUUCCAGUAUCUUCUGAACCCAAGACAAGUUUAUAACCUGGCCAAAAAUGGACCCAUGCCAGGGUUGAACUUCUUCAGAGAUGUUCCUGAUUUCAGAGUGUUGGCGUGUGGAGGCGACGGCACCGUGGGCUGGAUCCUGGAUUUCAUAGAUAAAGCCAACCUGGACAGAAACCCGCCCGUGUGUAUUCUUCCUCUGGGCACAGGCAACGAUCUGGCCAGAUGUCUGCGAUGGGGAGGAGGCUACGAGGGCGAGAGUCUGCUGAAGAUCCUGCGCGACAUCGAGCACAGCGCGGAGGUGCUGCUGGAUCGCUGGAAGAUCAACGUCACGCCCACCGACAAGGAGGAGCGAGGAGACCUGGUGCCUUACAGCAUCAUCAACAACUACUUCUCCAUCGGAGUGGACGCCUCCAUUGCACAUCGUUUCCACGUCAUGAGGGAGAAACAUCCCGAGAAGUUUAACAGCAGAACAAAGAAUAAGCUGUGGUACUUUGAGUUUGGCACUUCAGAGACCUUUUCUGCCACGUGUAAGAAGCUCCACGACUUUCUGGAGGUGGAGUGUGACGGUGUCACUCUGGACCUCAGCAGCAUCUCCCUGGAAGGCAUCGCCGUCCUGAACAUUCCCAGCAUGCACGGCGGUUCCAACCUGUGGGGCGAGAGCAAGAAGAGGAGGGGCCACCGACGGGGAGGGAAAAAGGGCCAGGACAAGAGGACGCCACUGCUCGACCCCAAAGAGCUCAUGUUUGCUGUUCAAGACCUGUCUGACCAGCUGCUGGAGGUGGUCGGGCUGGAAGGAGCCAUGGAGAUGGGUCAGAUCUACACCGGCCUGAAGAGCGCAGGAAGACGACUGGCCCAGUGUUCCUCUGUCAUCAUCAGAACCAGUAAGUCUCUGCCGAUGCAGAUCGACGGUGAGCCUUGGAUGCAGACUCCGUGCACUAUUGAGAUCGUUCACAAGAACCAGGCUCCCAUGUUGAUGGGUUCACCGCAGGUCCGCAGCUUCUUCUCAUCGGUCAUCAGAAGAACGCACGCCGAGAGCAAAGACUGAUCCACGAUUUAUCGCAGACCUGAGACGUCGGGAGUCGUCUCACACACCUUGCAGAGCUGCGAUCUCGAGUCGAUCUUUCCUCGGCCCCAUCAGUGACGAGGGUUCUUUGGUGCCCGUUUGAAAAGCCCGGCGCCGCGUAGCAAAACUGCCGGUCGGGAAAGUGUUGCCUGAAGCAUCGAAGCCUCGGCGAAGGAUUCCUUGCUUUAAUCCAGACCGAGGUGCGUUUAAGGACCGACGCUUUGAUCUACGGUGUGUCGUGUAGUUUAGCUGUUUCCGUCAGUUCACUUCUAAACGUUUUCUAAAAUGUAUUUAUUUUUUCCUCUCUCUCUCUCUCGUGAUCUGUGCCACGUGGAAUUCAGUCCACACCUGAAUGUCUUUCUUAUAUUUAUUUACUUUUUUUAUAUAUAUUUUGCUGCUAUUGUUGGUGUUUUUUAAACAGCGUUUUUUUGGCAUCCUCUUUGACGCAUGGUGGACAGUGAACGCAUCGUCCUGCUGUUGGUAGCCACAUAUCCAGAGUUUGCGGCUGAGUUUUGUGAAAAAAACAAAAGUGAUGCUUGUUUCUUGCUGAAUUUAUUCAGCUCUUAUCUCAUUUGGCCGGGGAAUCUUUGUGUUUUUACGGCAUCAUCUUCGUCACGUUUUUAUCUUUAUUUUUAUUUAUUUUUUGGCCGUCGGUGGAAAAGUGGAAUUACAAUUGAUCGCUGAUGAAAAAUGCAUGACACUCUUUGUUUGCACGAGAGACACUUUCACCACAAUGUGUGCACACUUUCUGUUGCAUGACUGAACGAUAGGUCUGUUACUACACGUGAGGAACCUGAUGUGUUUUCACUUGUUUACAGAGCCGCUUUAAUCAUAUCGCACCUUUUUAAAUCCACGACGCGGCUGAAUAUUUAUGGAACUGCAUUUUUUUUGUUUUGUUGUUGUUUUCUGAACAGGUACUCAGGUACUUUAAAAAAACAGAAGUUAAAGUGUUGGAUGAGACUGUAGCUUGGUUCUGUGGCUGUAUCCUCGGAUAUUGACGAGAAGCAGUUUGACCUCCUCUGCUCAUUGAUUUGUUCUGACGUCUACACUUGAGUGUUUAUAGUCUGCUGCACAUACAAGCCGACAUUAACCAAUUAAAGUCCACUGAAUACAAAAAUAACCACUGAUAUAUAACACAGUGCUGUUCGGGGCAAACGAAUGAUGACCUUUGACCCUUUGCACAUCCUGAACUCUUGUGGAAUCUCAUUUUGCUCAAUUUUAAUUGAAUAUCAGUCAAAUUCUGAACUGAUGAGACUUGAAAACUGGCAUUUUGUUUUAGACUUUGCAAAAGACUCAUAGUUUUACUUUAAUAUCAUUUAUAAAAAUACUUUCCUAGUGUGAUCUCCCUUUUUCAGGAAGUAAUCUUGCAAAAUUAUGAUUUUUAUGUUGGUCAAAUUAUGUCAUCUUUGACAUUUUUACUGGAGUAAUGUGAUAAGAAGUUUUUAUUUAUUUAGAAGCUUCCAUUGAACAACCGCCAUAUUUUUACAUGAAAUAGUUAAAAAAAGAGAAGAAAGAACCAGAAUUUUUCAAGGUCACACUAGACAUUUGACACUUAAGCCCAAAGUAACAGAAAUUAUCACUAAUUAUUAUCAUAUUUGGUCCAAUUUGGAUCAAAAUUACUGGAUUUCAUAUUGGAAAUCUGAGCAUUGUAAAAUUAUUAUUGACUUUUGAAAUGACUGGUUAUGGCUCGGUGGUAAAUUUGAUGUUUGAACUGUUUAGAAGUAAAAAGUAAAAAGAUUGUAUUAUACUGAUAUCAGUCAACUGAUGCAGAGUUUUAGAAAUCAGAGCGGCCAAUGAGCCAUCAUUGAUACUGAUUCUCUGAUCUUUCCUAAAUUUAUACAGUAUUUUCCAUAGAAAUGACAUAUAAACUAAAUAUUAAAUACAUGAAACAGGUCAUGAAAAGUACAUUUUUGGAUGAUAAAAACUUAGUUUUAACAACUUUCCCCCUCAUGGCAUUUAUCAAAUUUCUGUGAGCAAAAAUGCGUAUGUAUAAAUAAAUAAAUGGUGAUUAUUAAAAAUGUGCAAAUAUUGGCCAAAGCUCACAGUCGAUAUUCAAGGUUGUGGUUUCACUAUCAGGAUUUUACGGAAGAGUAUUAGAAUAUUAGAGCCACAUGUAAAAAGAAAAUACUUGAAAAAAAGUUUUAAAAAAAAUAAAACAGCAUGAAUUCUGAGAUUAGAGUCUGAAUUCUGAGAUUAAAGUCGGAAUUCUAAGAAAAAGUCUGAAUUCUGAGAUUAAAGUUUGAAUUCUAAAAAGAAAGUCAGAGUUCUGAGAUUGAAGUCUGUAUUCUGAGAUUUUAAUUGGAAUUCUGAGAUUAAAGUCUGAAUUCUAAAAAAGAAAGUCAGAAUUCUGAGAUUAAAGUCUGUAUUCUGAGAUUUAAAUUGGAAUUCUGAGAUUAAAGUCUGAAUUCUAAAAAAGAAAGUCAGAAUUCUGAGAUUAAAGUCUGUAUUCUGAGAUUUAAAUUGGAAUUCUGAGAUUAAAGUCUGAAUUCUAAAAAAGAAGUCUGAAGUCUAAGAAAGGUCUGAAUUCUUUUUUUCUUUCUUUCAGAAUGUGGCACUAAUACUAAUACUUUGAUUUUCUUAACAGUAUUUUCUGUUUGUGUUGAAAGAGAUUUAGAAAUAAUCAACAAAUCUAAUGUAAUCAGGCUGAAAAUAUGAAGUGAAACAACUUAAACAAUAUUCUGGACAUAAAUCAAUAUUUAUCAUUUUUACAGUCUCACCAGGACAAACACACAGAGCGAGGCUCAUGUAGAAUCAUUCAGCUUUGUAUGACGCAGCGUUUGUACAGUGAAGUCGUAUUUUUGUACACAGUAUUUUUUAUUUUUCUGCUUCCUGCUUCACUUUAGAACUCACUCUCUGUUCUGCCGGGGAAAAAAACACUGCCUGCCAAUGUUUAAUGAGACAAAGUGGUAUUUCAAAUAAUAAUAAUGAUAAUAAUGAUAAUAAAAAGGUUAUGUUUGUUUGACAUGUAGUGUUGUGAUGAUUUGUUUGGAUAUUUGAGUUAAAAACCAUUAAAUUUCAUGCGACAAA